AUGGCACGAAGUCCACGAUGGGCACCGCGGAUACUUGUACUCGUAGCAGUGGCCGCAAUAGCGCUGUACAUCUACGGGACUGUGCACCAUUCUGGAGGCCUCCCACAUCAUGGUACGCAAAUGCUGUACGGACACAUGCCGUGGUACAGCCGGGCGUCUUCCACCAACUUCAGCAACAUCCCACGGACAUCCACAACGGACAUGCCCCGUAUCUUGCUGUGGACACCAUUCUUCAGAUCGCGUCUGCUGGGGCUUUCUUCGCAGGACGAGAUUGAAAUUCCGGAGUGCAGUCGCCGCUGUCACGUCACUUACAACAGAGACCUUCUCUCUUCCAGCGACGCCGUAGUGUUUCACGUCAGAGACAUGAGCCUAAGGGACAUGCCCGCACUUCGUUCGCCUGCACAGAAGUGGGUGUUUUGGUGUAUGGAAGCGCCGCCCAAUACUGAUGGCGUCGACCUCGACAGCAUGAAAUCAGUGUUCAACUGGACUAUGACCUAUCGAGCUGAUUCGGACGUUCCUGUCGCAUAUGGAUCGCUAGAGAGAAGAGAGAAGGGUAAAGAAAUAGCAUCGAGCAGUAAGAGAAUAUGGGAACAAAAGAAUAAGACUGCAGUCUGGGUGGUCAGUAAUUGUGCCGCGCACAGCGGACGAGAAGCUUUCAUAAAAGAACUGCAGCGUUACAUUCACAUCGACGUCUACGGACGAUGUGGGACUCACAAAUGCCCCGUAGAUUCCUACGAUGCUUGUUUCCGUAAGUUUGAGUCUGAGUACUACUUCUGGCUCGCCUUAGAAAACUCACUGUGCCGCGACUACGUGACGGAAAAAUUGUUUUCCGCUCUCCAGCGCGUCAUCGUACCCGUUGCCCUGGGCGCUGUUAACUACAGUGCCGUAGCAGCACCGCAUUCCGUGAUUGACGCGUCUGCCUUCGAGGGACCGAAAGAGUUAGCUGAUUAUAUGGAAAACGUGAAAAGUGAUUUCCGAUUGUAUCAAGGGUACCUCGAGUGGAAGGACAGGUACGAUGUCGUCGGCUGGAACGAAACAUUCUGUUCUCUGUGCGAAAAAUUGUAUAGUGCACACUUUAGAACUAAGUCUGCAGUCGAAGACUUGUCGUCAUGGUGGAUCAGAGACUCGGGGUGUUAUGAGUGGAACGACGAACACUGGAGAGCUCGGAGAAGGAAAGACAUCGUUUGA